AUGCUGACUCAGCCACCAAGUGCUGGACCAUCUUUUCAACUUCCCCGAUCUUUCGGAAAGCUUCAGAAAGUUGCACGCCAUCAUGUUUCCCACGCGCGCCCUGCUAGGCCGCUCGGUCUGGAAAGGCCCGAAUAUCGUCCCGUAUGUGAAAUCCACCUCGAACCCAAGCACAACUCCCUCGCUCCAUCACGACCACCAAUCUCUCUCGGAAGAAGGAAUUGCAGCACGAUACUGAUAGUACUGGAUAUACAGUCUCCCCCUCCCGCGGACAUUCCCCCUCCCGUCAACACGCCGCCAAUCCGGACGCAGAAGCGCGCCGCAACCAUUCUGCCCAACUUUGUCGGUCUGCGCUUCGCUGUCCACAACGGCAAGACAUACCAAGAGAUCCAGAUUACCGAGGAGAUGGUUGGUCGGAAACUUGGAGAAUAUGUUGCGUAUGUGAACCUCGUCGCACCCGUGGAUCUGCGAGUGGUAUCGCUGGGACCAUGGACCUGGAUGGGCGUUAGCUAA